UGAGGUUAGACGCUGGGUAUUAGGGAAUGAUGGUAAAGCAGUUGUUGAGGUUGUGAAUCUUCAUUGACUGAGAUGGUUACAUACGCCUGAACACCGACCACUACGAUGCGCAACGCUGACUAGUGUUGUAAACGGAUGGAAGAAAGUUGGGGGGCGACAUAACCAGAACGUGACAUCAAUCCAUAAAGUUACUAACUUGUGGUGUGAGCCAUGUUAAUAGAAGUGGACUAAUUGGUUGGGGUCUGCGUGACAUGGCUGAGAAUCGAUCACAGUGGCAUAGGUGUAUAAACUUUCUGUCUUCCCUUAAAAUCUGAGAUUAAAAUUGCUUCAUAUCUUUCUACCGACUAAUUCUUUCUUUCUGUACUACAUCCUUGUAUGCAAUCUUUCCUUAAUACAUUACUACCGUCGAAGUAACUACUUCUCUGAAUUCAGUGUUCAUCUUGUUGUUCUAAGGAGGUAUGGCAACUUGGACCGAUGCAUAUACGUGCCUGGUCCUACGAUGUAACUGAUUGACUGUACGUCAAGAUUAUGUAUGAACCAAUUGAAAUCUGUGCCACUACAUAUAUUUAUUUAUUUAUUUAUCUAUAUACCUACACACAUUUUAUAUCUGAAGCCAAGCUACUAAAUUAUCACUUCAUCACAUUUUUAAUAAGGUCAAAAGUAUGACACUCUUGUUGAUAUAAAUAGUGUCUGUUUUGGAAUUAGAAAUUAUAAUAAGGUAGCACUGUGAAGACAAUUAGUAAACGGCUACUUAAUUCAUCCGCAUACAUAUUUUAAAUCUUUUAAAAUAUAAUGGUGGGUGAACGUAAACCAUUAAUCAAUAAUGCCGAUAUGUCAGAUGAUAUGCAACAAGAGGCUGUUAAUUGUGCUUUACGAGCUUUAGAGAAAUCUAGUAUCGAAAAAGAUAUAGCAGCAUUCAUUAAAAAAGAAUUUGACAAGAAAUACAAUCCUACAUGGCAUUGUAUUGUUGGGAGAAAUUUCGGAAGGUGUGUUUCAGGAUGGGUAAUAUCAUUGUCGUUUCUAGUUGCUAGUGAAAAUAUUGAGUAG